AUGCAAGUGGCUACAAAUACAGAGAGCAGUAAAAACGUCGGCAACGCGAUUCUCUACGAAACUGUUCUGACAAUAAUGGAUAUUCAUUCCGAGAGUGGUCUUCGAGUGUUGGCGAUCAAUAUUUUGGGACGCUUCCUGUUGAACCCGGACAAAAAUAUUCGUUACGUUGCGCUUAAUACUCUUCUACGUACGGUCAGCGUUGAUAUUAGUGCGGUCCAGCGACAUCGGACAACGGUAGUCGACUGCUUAAAGGAUCCUGAUAUCUCCAUUAAAAAAAGAGCGAUCGAACUGUGUUUCGCACUUAUAAAUGCGACCAAUAUCCGAAGCAUGUCUAAAGAGAUAUUGAUUUUCAUGGAAACGGCUGAGCCGGAGUUCAAAUCGAUUUGCUCAUCGAAUAUGUACAUCGCAACCGAGAGGUACUCGCCUGACAGGCGUUGGCAUUUUGACACGAUGGUUAAAGUCAUGAAAGCAGCGGGCAACAACGUUCCGGAGGACGUGGUGAGUAGCAUGAUUCAGCUGAUAUCUGAGCAUUCUGAGCUGCAAGCUUAUGCCUCGUACCAUCUUUAUCUGGCCGCCUUGGAAGACGUAUGCUCCACGCAACCGUUGCUCCAGGUUGCCUGUUGGACGAUCGGUGAAUUCAGUGAUCUGCUGAUAUCUUAUCAGGACCCGGACGAAGUCGGCCAGUGUAAAGUUACCGAGCAGAACAUCGUGCUCAUUCUGCAACAGAUCUUACUGAGCAGCUUAUCGACGUUGACUACGAAGGAGUACGCAUUGACGGCCAUCACAAAAGUCACCACUCGGAUUCCGGACGUACAAAAAGAGAUUGCUAACUUAUUAAGGUCUUUCACGUGCAACAUGUCGCUGGAACUGCAACAACGGUCUCUGGAAUACUCGCAUCUGAUUGAUCUACAUCAUUUGAGGAAUGCUUUGUUAGAAAGGAUGCCGAUUAUCACCGGCAAGUCACUGCAUGCUGCUGCAGCUCCCAUUCAAAAUGGGGACGUUGUCGGUAAUGAAAGCGACUUGUACGACGAGCGGGAAGAAGCUUCUGCGGCGACCAAUGCUGUUGAUGUGCAGCCUAAGAAAACGGUCGAUUUGCUCGGACUGUUAGACGAUUCACCUCCGGAUCCUGUCACGAGCGAAACUAUGCCUUCUAAACCGAGUUCCCAGCAUCCAGCAGAUGUACACCAGGACCUUUUGGGUCUGUUUGGCUUUUCUGAAGGUGCGUGUCUGAGUCAGUGUCCAGCGCAUAAGCGAUGUUGUCUACAUUCUAAAUCUGCAGCACGGCACCGUUUUGAAACCUACCUUACAGUUUCUUUCUCUAAACAGGAAUAGUC